AUUAUACGUCUGACUGGCCAUCCGGCGUUUUAUCGUUAGUAGUACCGUCAGAAAUAUUACUCUAUUUAAUAUUUUUUGUGUGUUAUUAUAAUGUUUGUUCACAUAAAAUACACCGCAAGAAUAGAAAAGCGUACGGUAACAAAUCGAAAAUUUUAUCGUGCGAUUUCAACGUUUUAAAAUCGGCAAUAUGGGCAAAUAAAACAUUGAUAAAAUGAUCGAAUGAUCGUUCAUUGAUCGAAUGAUCUGAUCGUUGUUGGAUUCGUUGCUGUUUGUAAAUAGACGUUUUCUUUGCAAUGUAAUGUGUCAAAUGUCCGAACCGUCGAGUCUUGUGAUAUCAACAUUCAGCCUUGAUAAAAAAUAAAACCAUGUAACAAAAUGAGGGCUGGCAGGUCAACAGUGCUAACAGCUCCACUGUUGUACAAUAGCAGUUGCUGGCAUCCGCGUAUCUACCCCAACGGUCUAUUAUUUCGCAUAACCGUAUCGGGUAUUACAGAGAGUGCAUUCGUCUCGUUACUUACAGUGGCCAUACUAGUCGCUAAUCUUAUGGUGAUAGUCACAAUCAACAGUGACAGAUAUACGAAAUUUAUACACCCACAGCCUCGGUACUUGGUGACUUCGUUGGCUUGUAAUGACUUGGCCAUUGGAUUGUUAGUCACGCCGUUAGCUGCUUUUUCGGCUCUAGUCCAUUGUUGGCCAUACUCGGAAAUCGUAUGUCAAAUUCAAGCUCUUUUAAGGGCAGCUUUGCCGCAACAAAAUGCUAUGAUAUUAGUGUUCAUGGCAGUCGACAGAUACACAUGUAUGUUGCACCCAGAUAAAUAUCACAAACAUUCGAGUAAAAAAGGCUGUAUGUUGGUGUUGAGUUUGACUCUAGUGGGUUCGUUAACUGCAUUCGGUGCGGCGGUAAUCCGCCGAGGUGGAUAUUUCUAUAACGGCAAUGGAUUAAUGGCGUGCGAGCCGUUUUACCAAAGGCCGAGUUUACGAAUAUUGGCCGCCUGCCUGUUUUACUUCCCCACUACGAUGGCACUCAUGUAUUUCUACGGGUCAGCAUUGCACGUGGACAGGCUCCGACACAGGCAACAAAUCAACAUAUGUGCCGUUCUAGUGCAACCAAUGUUACCAAAUAGCGCCGGAAAGAACGCUCUCGAUGAAGCAUCUGAUCGAUUGGCAUCGAAAGAACUGAGGCAAAGCAUACGAACAACCAGGGCUAUGGGAGCGGUAGCAUUAGGUUUUAUAGUAGCCGUAACUCCUUGGACAAUUCAAGAAGUUGUGACUGCGUGUACUGGCACAAAAAUGCCUCCAGCUGUAGACUUCAUAAUCACGUGGAUAGCACUAAGCAAUAGCUUUUGGAAUCCAUUCAUAUACUGGGCUUUGAACCGAAAGUUCAGACGUAUCAGUCGUAACAUAAUCAAAACCAAAAUUUUUCGCCGUAAAAAAUAUAGCUCUAGUGUUAUAUCAUCGUCUUGCAAUGUUGGACAUCAGGAAAGUUGUUGCGCCAAUAGAGACAUGUGUUUUUCAGCCCUCCAGAAAGACAACGAAGAUAUUAUUGAAGUGGACAGACAGUCAUUAGGUUCUCAAGACAGAGGAGGAUUUCCCCCGACGCCACCUCCGCCACCUCCUUACCAUAGAGGAGACAUACAACAUUGUCAUUCAAGAAGAUACUAAUAAUAAAAAAAUUAAAUAAAUUGUAAUAAUAUUAUAUUAGGUACGCAAGUUGAUCAAUCAAAUAACUGUAUAUAUGAUCAGUGUAUAGAAUUAUAGUUAGAGCGAUUUAAGAAUGGUCACUGUUAUAUAAUUAUGAAUCAUAUAAUAAUAAUCGAUCAUUUAACAGGGUGGCUCUAAACAAUAGAGGUUUUCGUAAUUAAAACCUCGGAAUAUUUAAUAUAAUAUGAUAUUCCUUUUAGUUUUUAAUAUCGAUGUACCUAUAUUCAACUGAAUCCAAAUAUAUUAAGACAUACAAAAUUAGAUAUUAAAGUAGGUACCUAUUUAAAUAGUAGGCACAAGCAAUAGAAUUUACUUAUUGAUUCCUAAUGGUUAUAAUUGGAUGUGAUAAUCAAAUAGCGUAAUUUUAAGAAGGCUUUUUUCAAUUUAUUAAAUAUAAUUUAAUUAACUAUAACUUCAAAAUGACUAAGUAGAUAUCUAAAUUAAAUUUAAGAAAAAAAACAACAUCCUAACGUAGGAAAAAAUACUUUAAUCAUAAUUAAACAUUACAUGUUAUGUUAAUAAAUCAUUCUAGAGAUAAUUUUUGAUACUCGAGCUUUCUUUACCACCACACCUCUUGGCUUUGACUUAAACAAGUACAUUAUUAUUUUGAUACUAUAUAUUUAAAUAUAUCAAAGAAAGAAAACAUUUUAUAGAAAAGAAAAUCAUAGAAGUUAUUGAGUACCAAUAGUAUGAGAAUAUUAAACAUGACUAAAUCAAUAUUUAUAGUUAGAUAAAUAUUCUGAAAUAAUAAGCGUCUUAUAAAAACAAACUAACAAGUUAACUAGGUAACUAUAAAUAACCGAAUGGCAAAAAUUUAAUCUGCAAUAUAAACUAAAGAUUUUUAAUUUACUUUAUUUAGACUAAUUAAAUACCUACUUUUAUUAUAAAAAAUUGAUUUUUUUAAAAAAUGAUAUAGCACUAUGAUAAAUAUUUUUAAGUGAUAUCAAUUAGCUGAAUACAAUACAACAUUUACAAUCACACUCACAAUACUAAGAAAAUACGACAAUUUCAAGUAUAUUACUCACAACACUUAUUAUUUUCUCAAUGUUCUUUAUAAU